AGACUACUAUACAUGCUUGCUUCUUUGCAUGGAAGAGAGAGAAAACCAAGGAAGUUUUUGAUUUGUAGACAAAUCCCUUCUCUUUUGUGAUCAAAUUCUAGAUAUUGGGACUCCUUAGUUUCUUUUUCACCAAGCAAUUCAAAUUUCAACUAUGUUUUAUUCUUCUUCUAGGGUUCCAAAUUUGUCGUUUUCACUUCACUCGACACUAUGAUUCCUUACUCCAAUCACGACCAGCCCUCCAGCAACCGCCAAUUCCGCCCUCGACCGCUGUUCAACCACCGUCCCUACUAUAAUCACCCGCGCCAACAACCCCAACCCAAACCCCAACCGCAAACCCGUUCGUUUUUUGUGAAGCUCAUAUCCAACCAUCACCGUGGUGAUCAUACGGUUUCGAUUGACACUAUUGUCUCCGAAUGCAAUCCCAAACCUUGCAGAUUUUACACCAGAACCUCUGGUACACUCGCCGCUAGCCUCUCUUUUGAGCACCAGGCUGAUGCUCUCGACGCCGUUGUUUCCCUCUGGGAGCGCCGGCUUGCAGGGGACCAUCUAUUUACUCCUGUCGUCGGUUUUAAUGUGGACGAUGAGUUUAAUCAAAGAGUUAGAAGUUUGUUCCAAUUGCAUGUGGAGAGGUUUGCACGAGAGUCUGUGGGGAAAUUCGAGAGGAAGGUAAGUGAUAAGUCUGAUGAGAUUGAGAAAAUUGCGAGCUUUUUGAGAAAGUUUAGGGACCUUCAAGUGUUUAGUGAGGCUCAGGGAAGGAAGAAACGAUUGGAGGAGGAGAAUGAUCAAACUGUGAAUAGAAUUGAGGAGUUUAAGUGCGCAAUGAAGUGUGUGAUGGAUUAUCUGAAGGGGAAUGAGGUUGAGGAGUUGGCCGUUUUGGGGUUUAAAAAUGGCAAAGGUUUUAACUGGAAUAGAAUACAUAGUUUGCUAUUGAGAGAGUAUAGGCGUCUUGAUGCUGAGUUGCCAAUAUAUGGUUUUAGGAGGGAGAUUUUGCAGCAAAUACAUUUGCAGCAGGUAAUAGUCUUGAUUGGAGAGACAGGUUCAGGGAAGAGCACACAGUUGGUACAGUUUCUUGCUGAUUCUGGGGUUGCUUCUAGUGGUUCAAUUAUAUGUACUCAGCCUCGCAAAAUUGCUGCAAUUUCCCUGGCAAAAAGGGUUGGUGAAGAGAGCAUGGGAUGUUACGAGGAUAAUUCAAUUGUCUGCUAUCCAACUUAUUCGUCUGUGCAGUGUUUUAAUGCCAAGGUAGCAUAUAUGACCGAUCACUGUCUAAUGCAGCACCUUAUGAAAGACAAGACUUUGUCUGGAGUUUCAUGCAUUAUUGUAGAUGAGGCCCACGAAAGAAGCUUGAAUACUGAUCUAUUGUUGGCCUUGAUUAAAGAAUUGCUUAUUGAGAGGGGUGACUUGAGGCUUAUUAUAAUGUCUGCAACAGUUGAUUCCAGCAAAUUAUCAGAAUACUUCUUUGGUUGUGGAACCUUUCACGUGUUAGGGAGAAAUUUUCCUGUUCAAAUCAAUUAUGUUCCUGGUGUCCCUGGAGGCCCUUGUGGUCCCUUACCCAAUGCUAUUGCUCCAUAUGUUUCUGAUGUUAUCAAGAUGGCUAUGGAGAUCCAUCAAGUUGAGAAAGAGGGGGCAAUUCUUGCAUUUUUAACUUCUCAGCUGGAGGUAGAAUGGGCUUGCCAGAAAUUUCAGUCUCCUUCUGCAAUUGCAUUGCCAUUACAUGGAAAACUUUCCCAUGAAGAGCAAUGUCAUGUUUUCCAAAAUUACCCAGGGAAGAGAAAAGUUAUUUUUGCUACCAAUUUGGCAGAGACAUCCUUGACUAUUCCUGGGGUUAGGUAUGUGGUUGAUUCUGGAAUGGUUAAGGAAAGCAAGUUUGAACCUACGUCUGGUAUGAAUAUCCUCAGAGUUUCCAAGAUUAGCCAGAGUUCUGCUAAACAACGAGCUGGUCGUGCUGGUCGAACAGAACCUGGCAAAUGUUAUCGGCUUUACUCGGAAUCUGAUUACCAGUUAAUGGAUAUUUACGAGGAACCUGAAAUCCGUAAAGUUCACCUUGGUAUUGCAGUUUUGAGAAUCCUUGCAUUGGGUAUUAAUAAUGUGCUGGAAUUUGAUUUCAUUGAUGCACCUAGUGCAAAGGCAGUUGAAAUGGCCAUCAGGAAACUUGUGCAGUUAGGUGCUGUUGUCCGCAGAGAUGAUGCUUUUGAAUUAACUGUGGACGGGCAUUACUUGGUUAAGUUGGGUAUUGAGCCUCGUCUUGGGAAGAUUAUUCUUGAAAGUUGCCAUUGUGGUUUGCGUAAAGAAGGAGUUGCUCUUGCUGCUGUCAUGGCAAAUGCAAGUACCAUAUUUUGCAGAGUUGGUACCAAUGAUGACAAACAAAAAUCAGACUGCCAGAAGGUGCGAUUCUGCCAUCGUGAUGGUGACCUGUUCACGUUGCUUACUGUCUACAGAGAAUGGGAAAGCGUUUCUCCAGAAAAUAGAAACAAGUGGUGUUGGAACAAUAGCAUCAAUGCCAAAACUAUGCGAAGAUGCAAAGAGACAGUGCUAGAGUUGGAGAACUGUUUAAAAAAUGAACUUAGCAUCAUUGUUCCAACAUAUUGGCUGUGGAGUCCUUAUGCUGUCGUGGUGCAUGAUAGAAUUAUGAAGAAAAUUAUACUUUCUUCACUUGCAGAUAAUGUAGCCAUGUACUCUGGGUAUGAUCGCCUUGGUUAUGAGGUGGUUUUGAGUGGGGAAUAUGUUCAACUUCAUCCUUCAUGUUCACUGCAAGUUUAUGGUAAAAAACCGAACUGGGUUGUCUUUGCUGAACUUUUAUCAAUAGCAAGUCAAUAUUUGGUCUGUGUUACUGCUGUUGACUUUGAUAGCUUGUCUGCCUUUAGUCCUCCUUUAUUUGACAUCUCUAAAAUGCAGAGUAAAAAACUGCAUUUGAGGGUGAUAAGGGGAUACGGCAGUACUGUUUUAAGAAGGUUCUGUGGAAAGUCAAAUAAUAGCUUGCUUUCUCUUUUGUCUCGCAUACAGACAGAUUUCAUGGAUAAGCGGAUAGGUAUUGAAGUCAGUGUGGAUAACAAUGAGAUUCUAUUAUAUGCAUCUUUACGAGACAUGGAAAAGGUGUACGGCCUUGUUGUUGAUGCAUUAGACUAUGAAGUAAAAUGGUUAAGUAAUGAGUGCCUGGAGAAGUGCUUGUAUAAUGGGGGACGUACUGGUUCUUCGCCACCAGUAGCACUUUUUGGAGCUGGUGCGGAAAUUAAGCAUCUGGAAUUGGAUAAAAGAAAUUUGAGUGUGGAUGUGUUCCUUUCAAAUAAAAAUGGUGCAGAUGACAAGGAGGUUUUGGCAUUCUUUGAAAAAUCAGUGCCUGGGGUGUGUGGUUUUCACAGAUCUACAGUGAGUGGACAGGACAGUGAUCAAGUGGAGAAGUGGGGAAGGGUGACAUUUCUUACCCCUGAAGCAGCUAGGAAAGCACUAGAGUUAAAUGGAUUCGUGUUAUCUGGUUCCUUACUUAAGUUGUCCCCUGCCAGAUCAUCUGUUGGCAGUAGUAAUAAAUUAUCAUCAUUUGCUGCUUUAAAAGCCAAAGUCAAUUGGCCACGAAGGUAUAGCAAAGGGUAUGCAGUUGUUAGGUGUGAAAGGAAUGAUGUUGAGUCUGUUGUUGAAGAUUGUUUUAGUCUGCUGAUUGGAGGCAGGCUAGCUUAUUGUGAGCGCAGCACAAAGGACUUAAACUGUGUUAUUAUCAGAGGAUUGGAUAGAGAUACUUCUGAAUUGGAAAUACUUGAAGUUCUGCAAAUGAAUACAACUAGGAGAAUCUUGGAUGUAUUCCUGAUACGAGGAGAUGCUGUAAUUAAUCCUCCCAUUGGUGCUUGUGAGGAAGCAAUUCUUAAGGAAAUUGCUCCAUUCAUGCCUAGCCAGGGUCCCUUAAGCAAUUACUGUCAUGUUCAGGUCUUCUCUCCUGAGCCAAAGGAUGCUUUCAUGAAAGCUUGGAUCACCUUUGAUGGAAGUCUACAUCUGGAGGCUGCAAAAGCUUUGCAACAUCUACAAGGAAAGGUACUUACUGGUUGUUGUUCAUGGCAGAAAAUGCGGUGUGAGCAGGUUUUCCAUAGUUCUGUCUCGUGCCCUGCUCCUGUUUUUGCAUUCAUUGAGAGGCAGCUACACUCUUUACUCAAAAGGUUUAUGCAUCGACCUGGUGUUCAUUGCAGUUUAGAAAGGAAUGAAAAUGGCUCCUAUAGAGUGAAGAUAUCUGCUAAUGCAACAAGGACAGUAGCAGAGUUGAGAAGGCCACUGGAGCAGCUAAUGAAUGGAAGGACAGUAAAUCAUGAUAGCCUCACCCAAGCAGUUCUGCAGCUUCUUUUCUCCAAAGAUGGCAGAUUGCUUAUGAAUUCACUACAACAAGAAACAGGAACUUAUAUUCUCUUCGAUAGGCAGAACCUCAAUGUUAGGAUCUUCGGUCCAGAGAACAAAGUUGCUCUUGCUGAACAAAAGUUUGUGCAAUCCCUUUUAGCUCUCCAUGAUAACAGGCAAAUAGAUAUCCCCCUUCGAGGUGGGGCUAUGCCACAUGAUCUUAUGAAAAAAGUGGUUGAGAAGUUUGGAUCUGACUUGCAUGUGCUAAAAGAGAAGUUCCCUGAGGCUUCAUUUAUGCUUAACACAAGGCGCCAUGCCAUUUCUUUUAGUGGCAAAGGGGAUCUGAGGCCAAGAAUAGAGGAUGUGAUUCAUGAUUUUGCACGAACUCUUAGUGUCAGUGGAACUGCUGAAAAACCUGAAGAAGAAGCUACUGCCUGCCCUGUUUGCUUGUGUGAAGUUGAGGAGUGUUUCCAGCUUGAGGCUUGUGCACAUAAGUUCUGCCGGUCUUGCUUGGUUGACCAAUUAGAGUCGGCAAUGAGGGGACAUGAUGGUUUCCCUGUAUUCUGUGCUCAUGAAGGUUGUGGGAUGCACAUUUGGCUCACUGAUUUGAAGUCCCUUCUGCCAUGUGAAAGGUUAGAGGAUCUUUUCAGGGCCUCUUUGGGGGCAUUUGUUGCAUCUAGUGGGGGCACUUAUAGGUUUUGCCCCUCUCCCGACUGUCCUUCUGUUUAUCGGGUAUCGGACACUGGGAUGGUUGGUGGUCCAUUUGUAUGUGGAGCAUGUUAUGCAGAGACAUGUACCAAGUGUCACUUAGAGUAUCACCCAUAUGUGUCAUGUGAAAGAUACAAAGAGUUCAAGGAGGAUCCUGAUUUGUCCUUGAAGGACUGGUGCAAGGGAAAAGAGCAUGUUAAGAGCUGCCCAGUUUGCGGGUUUAUAAUUGAGAAGGUGGAUGGCUGCAACCACAUUGAGUGUAGAUGUGGCAGGCACAUCUGCUGGGUCUGCUCAGAAUCUUUUAGCACCAGUGAUGAGUGCUAUGGGCACUUGAGGCUUGUACAUCUCACCAUCAUAUGAAGACUAAGCUGACUAUACAAUGGUAACUUCUUUGCUUGUACAUAUUUCUGUAUACACAUAUUAAUAGGUAGCGUAUGUGAUCUAGGAGCAUCUGUAUAUUAGUUAUCAUUUUUGUAUCGUUAUUGGGCUCACUUUGCCCUUCUGCUCAACAAUGACCACUUCGAUUUCAAUAGAUGGUUGUUUGCUCCUAGCAAAAAAGUAAGUGUGUUUUUAUUAUUUGAGAAUCGAAUGCCAUUGAGCACAGGGGGAUACCAAAUGAAAAGUCUUGUCCUGCUUGAUAAGUAGUGAUUUUGGUAUUCCUUGUACAUUAACGAGUAAAUUCUCUAUUUUACCUCCAUUAUGACUUGUCAAAUUCAGGCUUCAGGGGAUGGACCUAGGUUCGGUCAAAACAAAUUUUUGUCAACAAAAAUCUCCAAAACGAUUGAUGAUGGAAGAGGAUCUAAAAACUUUUUGUUGAAUGUUUGCUAUGCUUUGGUGAUUUUAUGUAAUAUGGUAAGGUCAAGGAGGGGAUAGUAUGAGCAAGUUACAUUUGUGAAAGAAAUCUCUUGUUAGCUGAGCAGUUUGAGCUGUUGGUUUUGAUGCCCUCUCUGUCAACAUGAGCAAUCUUUUUCUUUGUACUGGUGGUGCUACACUUACAGCCUCUUCCUUCACAAUUGCUGCCUCCCCAUUUUUUUUCUGUGCGCUUUUCUAUUUUUUAUAGCUUUUAUCAUUUUCAGUUUCUUUGCUUCCAGAUUGGGCAAGUAUCAGUAAAUCACACAACGGGGAUCUCAACUUUAAACAUUGUCAUUUAUCUAUGUUGAAGAGGAAAGUGGUGAAACAACAAAAUCGAGCUGAUUUUGAUC